UGUUCUCUCUGUGCGAGCAACUUUCAGCGUUAAGGGUGGACGUGAUAUUUCAAACAUCAGAUCAGUGCGUUUAUGUAUUGGGUGCCCGGAAAUUUUUCCAAAUAAACACAGCUUGAUUCAACUUGGGUGGGCAGACUUAUCAACAGACUAAUUCUAUAAACAAAUGAAGGAAUAACCGAGCACACCAUUGGCUGGUAGGCAGGGGACACGCGGAGAGAGAGGGAGACUCGAGGCUUUCGGCAAUGAAAAUUUAAUUAAUGUGGGUGGGCUGAGGGAACACAACGAGUGUUUAUCAUAGACAAUUUAUUUUCCAGCGCUAAGUCAACAUAAAACAGCAAAACGGACAACAAUUAUUUAACAUUUAGACUCAUGAAGCGGACACACCGGUGGCGAUCUCCCCAGACUGAAACUGUCCUCCGAAGUCAUGAGUUUAUACCACAGCCCAGUGCCACAGCCCGGCGUGGCUGCAUCGGCUCUCAGUCUGUCGAAUUCCUCCCUAAUCUAUGUUUACGGUGGCGAAGUUGGAGGCAUUAUUCCCGCUUUGGGAUUCGCGUCCAGCCGGCAGGAGCCUCCGCAGAAACCUCCCUACAGCUACAUCGCGCUCAUCGCCAUGGCAAUCAAGAACGCGCCGGACAAGCGCGCGACGCUGAGCGGGAUCUAUCAGUUCAUAAUGGACCGCUUCCCCUAUUACCAUGACAACAAGCAGGGCUGGCAGAACUCAAUCCGCCACAACCUCUCGCUGAACGACUGCUUCAUUAAAGUGCCCAGAGAAAAAGGCCGACCAGGGAAGGGCAGCUACUGGACGCUGGACACCAAAUGUCUGGACAUGUUCGAGAACGGAAACUACCGGCGACGGAAGAGAAAGUGCAGGACUCAGGAGACUGGUGAGACUAAACUCGGUCACAAGAGAACACGAGCGACGACUUCCAAACUUCAUCACAGUACCCAGGUGGAGAAAGAGUCGCAGUUUAACGACAAACAGCAACACGAAGAACAUCCUGAAACAGAUAUAAACGUCCAGGAGAAGUUUAACGGCACCCAACCACAAAAUAGUGAGGCUAAUGGGGCCACACACGCCUCCGAGUCCACGAGAGACUGGUGUUUGGCACCCUCGACCGCAGUGGGCGCUAACCCGAGAUGCCCGACGCCUGAACAGACCAGCACAGUGUCUCCAAACACUCUAAUUCACACAAACACACCGCAUUUAAGCGCGCAAGAGACGCUGGAACCUGUGAAGAAUGACACCGGACGCGCGCAAAAUGGAGACGCCAAAUCCAAAGUAUUAAACGCGCAGACGCACCCUCGAAAAAACACUGACAAAUCGAAGGAGUUUAGCAUUGACAGUAUUCUGUCGAAAAAGGAGAACCAGUUCCAACGGAGGUGCGGCAUUGCUGGAGGAGCGCCGGUUGAGUGUGUGGAGUCGCGCGGUUACGCGCUCACGUCCUCGCUGAUCGCACACGCGCACCCACAGCUGUACCCGCGCGGAUUCCCGCUCUGCUCCUACCUGUCUCUCACCUGUCCUGACAAAAUGCUGAACUUCAGAGAGAAAACAGGCGAGAAAUUAUUCUUUUGACGACUCUUUGGCUUCACGAAUCACUGACUGUAUAGCAAAUAAAUUCAACAAACUAGUUUUACGUCUAGAAAGAUUCAGUGAAUUCAGUAUCAGUAACAUUCUUAUUUUCUCUUUAUUUUUAUUAGUUGCAAUCAAAACGUUUUUAAACAUAUAUCGAGAAUUCAGGAUUGCUAUUAUUUCUUCUACUACUAUUAUUGUUGUUGUCGUUAUGAGAUUCAACAUGGGUGGCCUGGUCAAUCUACAGACAUGCCUAUACUGUACAGUACUAACAGUAGUUAAUUCUAUGAUGUGUAAACAAUGAUCAAGAAUGCACUCAUUGCAAAUCAUCCACAACACAGAUGUCUUUGUAAAAUGUUAUUGUUUAUAAUAUAAGAACAAAUGUUUCUCUCAGUGACAGAUACUUGACAGAAGUGCAUUGUCCUGUUGUUCUUGUCCUCUCGAACUAUAGAUACACACAAACUCAAACUUGAUUUACUGCUUAAAGAUACAUUUAUGGAAAGAAAAGAAAAUUAGUUGGUUUGUACAUUGGACUUUUGAUGUGAGAUUCAUAUUAAGUUAAACAGAGAACUCGAUUCUUCAAAUAAACAUUGACUAUGAGUAACACUUUGUUGAAAUUGAUACCUUCAAUUUCCUACACAAAAUAAUCCGAUAUACUUUAUACAUGAAGCUGUUGACCUAAACUGAAACCCCAAAGAUAUAUAUAUAUAUAUAUAUAUAUAUAUAUAUAUAUAUAUAUAUAUAUGCAUAUAUAUCAAAGACUACUUGUUGCUCCAGGACUAUGCAUAAUCCCGAACUGUGAAACUAGUCUACCACAUGUAUUCCUUGCCACCAUAUAUAGCCAUAAGUGGUUUUUGAACUGAAAGGUCUAAGCCUCAGAGAGUGCAAAUCAGGAAUGCUUGUGGAAAUAAAUAAGCUUCCCCACAUUGAGCAGAGGAACUCACAUCCACAAGCAUUUCCUGUGUAUAGGAUUCUUUUGGUCAGAAGUGUAAAUAGAGCGUCAUCCAUCUGAAGGUUUGUAGAGAGAAAGAGACUACAUCUCUCAAUCUGCUGCCUCCAUCUGUCCUCCACUUCACAGAUGGGCUCCUUAGAUGGAGCAGUCCGCAAGGACUCUGCUGGAUCGCAGCCCUGGAUUUGCCAUCCAUGAUCAUAACGAAACACUGCUAUCUCUAAGGUGAUCUUUAAGAUUAUAAAAGAAUGUUCUUUCAUGAUCGGCGGAAUUUCAUCAUGACAUCAUAUACCUCAUGGAUGAACUAUUCAACCAUGACUUUUAAGUAUGACCUUUACCGAGACAGCUUUAUUGCAUUAAACCCAAAUAAGUGAAAUAAACUGGAUCUCAUUGUCUCAUUACAUUGCUAAAGAUAAUUAUGCCCUCUAGUGUUGUAAUGUAGGCUGCAAUACUCAACCUCAAUUAACACACAUAGAUGACUUAAGUUAUUAGUCUAUGUUUUAUCAAUACAUUUUCAUCUCUGCAAAGAUCCACUGAUGUAAUACAGAUGGAGUGCUAAAUGUCUCAACUGCUGGAUAUUUGUUUUUUUAGAUCUUUUGGUAACCGCAAGAACAGUAUCACAGAAGGCAAAUGUUGUCUCAACAGCUUGAAGCUGAUGGAGCACAGAGCUGGAUGUGAAUUUUUAAUGACAACAUUCUCAGUUUGUGUUCUGUCCUUCUCAAGCAUUAUAUGAAAAUAAACAUGAGAAGAAAGAUUAUCUUCCUAAGUGUUUAAACUUUAAAAAAUUCACACUCGAGAGCGGUCUCAUUUUCAUUUAUUUUGACUGGAAAUAGAGCACACUUUCUGUGGCCGUAACCACAAGCGCUCUACUGUGAGAGGUGCCAAAUGAAGGCACGUUGACUUUAAAGCAGAAUUUGAUAAACAGCAGUUUUCUAGUUAAAAAAAAAAAAAAACUUUCUGUCACACAAACAUGUUGUUUAGCUGAUUUAAAGUCAUUAUUCACUUCUUCUCGCAAAAACCUACAUUGAUUCAGACCACAAGUGAAAUGCUUCUG